GGUAUUUCAAACAGCAAUUCGAUCACAGCCAACAUUUCCACUGAAAAUUUAAUUAAAGCUAAACUUUGUAGUUGAAAAAUUCAGUCUUCCGUAGUGCUUCCUUUCUGCAGCCAAUCCCCAGCACCGUGCCAGCCACACAGACCACACUGCCACAGCGCAGUGAGGGGGCAUCGAAGCGGCAGUUUGGACACAACCGGAGGACAGGGGCAGUGUGCAGGCCGGGGAGGAGGAUGGCUCCCGGGGAGCUGAGGGGCGGCAAGCACUGUGGGGCAGGAGGAGGCCUGCACUGCUGGUCACCAUGUCUGCAACCAUCACCAAACACUCGUUCCGUUAUCAGGAACAUUUCAGAGCUCUUGAGAUUAGUGGCUGGUGCCAUGUAAACAGAGCCUUAUAUUGGGCAGACGGAGUUACCAGCAGGCCAGCACACAGUGGGAAGAAGCCAAGGCCGGCCCCAGACCUCAGACUCCGAACAAAGAAGGACCCGAGAUGGGCAACAGCCUGAAAGCCAUUGUUGCUUUUGUGCCCUCCGAUGAGUGCCAGAAGUACCUCCUGGAGGACCUGGAGGAGAUGCCUGUGGACAAAAUGGUGGACCUGAGCAGCAGGCAGCUGCGGAGGCUGCCCCUGCACAUCUGCUCCUUCAGGGAACUGGUCAAGUUGUACCUGAGCAACAACAACCUGACGCACCUCCCUCCUGAGCUGGAGCAGCUGCAGAACCUGCAGAUUCUGGCGCUGGACUUCAACAACUUCAGGGCACUGCCGCUGGCCGUGUGCGCACUGAAGCAGCUCUGCAUCCUCUACCUGGGCAACAAUAAGCUCUGCAGCCUGCCUCUCGAGCUGCGGCUCCUGCAGAACCUCAGGACCCUCUGGAUCGAGUCCAACUACCUGCAGCAGCUGCCUGAGGUGGUGUGUGAACUCAGCUUGCUCAAGACACUGCACGCCGGUUCCAACGCGCUGCGCACACUGCCCACCCGCCUGCGGAGCCUGCGCGAGCUGCGUUCCAUCUGGCUCUCAGGCAACUUACUGGCCGAGUUCCCCUCUGUGCUCCUGCACAUGCCUUCUCUGGAGGUGAUUGACGUGGACCGCAACGCCAUCCGCUUCUUCCCCAGCCUGGCCCACCUGCCCGGCCUCAAGCUGGUGAUCUACGACCACAACCCCUGCCGCAAUGCCCCCAAGGUGGCCAAGGGGGUACGCAGGGUGGGGAGGUGGUCGGAGGAGAGCCCUGAGCCCCGCAAGCGCUCUGGGGCUGUGAUUGAAAUCUCGCUCAGUGAGAGACCGUUGCCACUGCCUGCCAUCAAAGCUGAGCCAGAAGCCGAGGCCUGCUAAUUGCUGCCGGUCCACAGCCCCACAGCACGACAGAGGAAGCAACAUGCAGCAGAGAGCUCUGUUCUUACAGCUGCCGUCUUCUUCCCGGAAGAUCUGUGACCACUCCAGUUUUGUCGUUGCCAAGUAGCGGUUAGAAUGAUGGUGAGGGUGGCUGGGUGCGGUUCUGCUGGUUCUUGUGCCUGUAAGGUCUGCCUUAGUGGCAGCUGCGUGUGCCGAGGUUUGAUGCAAUAGCAAAGAAAACCAAAGCCCUGGCUAAAACAGGAGAACCACAGCUGCAGCAGAGGGAGCCGUGCAUGUGGAACCAGAGGACUGGGAGCCCACCUCUCCAGGCUCACAUGGGAGCUGUAGCUGAG